AUGGAAGUUGAACUGAUCGGUUAUAUACAAGUGGCUCAAGUGCCUUCUCGUGACGAACCUAGUACACCUGGUGAAAUCGACUACAAAUAUGUAUUCGAGAUGCUGAAAUCCGCCAAUCCAGACUGGACUAUAGGCCUCGAACAUAAUUUCAAUGAAUCACAUGGUUCUCCUAAGGACUGGAUUCAAAAUUUAGGUUUGAGCAUGUAG